AUGCACGCAUUUGGAACACAUGCAAUACGUAAUGAGGAUGGCAAGCUAGACAAGAGUUUACCAGGAGAUUUUCUUAGAAGGCAUAUUUUAAACAUGACGCUUAUGCAAACAAUGUAUGAAGAACCCCUAAAGAAAUUAGGCUACUCUGAAGAGAAAUUGCUUAGAACUGCAGAGGAAAAUUUUGCCGAUACUCAAGGAAUGAAGUUAAUUUACAAGGCUUACCAGAAUGCGAAGAAGAGAGAAGGCUCGGAACCACGCCUCAAAAGCAUACCUUAUUUCAGCGAGGACCAGCUAUUUUUCUUAGCUACUGCUCAACGCAUUAUUGCGCACAUACUCCGUGAAGCCGCUACUAUGGCACACAUUCGCACUACCGUUCCAUGGUAG